AUGGCCAUGUUCUGCACAACCCUCAUGCUAACACUUUGUACCACGGGAUUGAUUAAAGGUGCUUUCACCAGUUAUGUCUCGAUCGUAUCGCAAGGCGUCCACGAUAUCGCGUCAAAUGACUCCUUUUCCAAGUUGAUCCUCUCGGAGACCGCCUCGGUGCGAUACCGAAAGCCCGGUUUGAUAUGUGAGACCACCGCAGGUGUCCAAGAGUUUGUUGGUUUUGUUGAUCUGAACGACAAUGCCGGCAACAAUGCGACUGCGAGCUACUUCUUCUGGUUUUCCGAGGCCAGGCACAGCGCUGACACGGCACCUCUCACCAUUUGGCUGAAUGGCGGACCGGGCUCAGAUUCCCUCCUGGGUCUCUUUGGUGCAAUUGUGUCGCAGGAGACUAACACACCAUCAACCGAGCUAGAGAUCGGGCCCUGCAAGGUAACGGAUGGACUGAAUACGACGUUCAACCCACACUCGUGGUCUGAGGUAUCCAACAUUCUGUUCUUGUCCCAGCCAGUUGGUGUGGGAUUCUCAUAUCAGUCGCAGAAUGGCAGACGCAGCUCCGGAUGGGUCACCGACACGACAGAAAAAGCUGCAGCCCAGGCCUGGGAUGUACUACAAACGUUUAUGCAUGCGCUAUCUACAAUGGACCCGGUCAUCACGACAAAGACGGUCCAUCUCUGGACGGAGAGCUAUGGUGGCCAUUAUGGACCUAAGUUUGCAGCAAACAACACUUACAACAUCUCACUUGUUCCUGAUGAAGGUGCGUAUGGAGAGAAGCGAUGA